UCCAUGGCGGUGUGUUAUAAACUGGUGCCGAGGAAGAAGACGCAUCUCUCUUCUCUUCUCUUUCGUGUUUUUCCCCUUUAAAAGUAAACUGGAAACAGUUUAAGGAUUAUCUUUUUUUUCUUCUCAGUUUCCACCCGAAACUACAUUUUCGGUCCGCGAUAGCCGUGGAGAGCCAGCACUUUACAGGGAUGGAUCCAGCUGGAGAGCUUUUACGCGUCGCACAUCUUGGAGCGUCGACGCAGAUUACAGUGUAGAAAUAUAUUUUAAAAACUUCACAGAAUAUUAGAGUAACUGCGCUCUGCGUGCGGACUGUAUCAUGAGGUACGGACUGGUGGUCCUCACUGCUGGCUUUACAGGUUUGCUCAGUUUUAGCCUCCUCGCUGUGGCUAUUGGGACUGAUUACUGGUACAUCAUCGAUGUGAAUAAACCCAACCAUACAGGUCCAGACGACCUGAGUUCACAUUCUGGACUGUGGAGAAUUAAUGAAGGAGCAAACAGGAGCUCGGUCAUCCCUUCUUUCACAGCAAAUAUGUCCAGCCUGUCAGAGGCAGAAAGGCACCUUCUUGGCUUGCACAAGGUGGUGGUCAUCAUGUUGCCCCUCAGCCUGGUCCUGCUGGUGUUUGGCUGGAUCUUCGGGCUUGUCAGCUCGUUGGCCAGCAGUCCCAACUUGCUGGCUGGAUCAGCAUCCUACUUUCUCUUCUGCAGUCUUUUUACCCUUACCGGGGUCAGCAUCUACAUCAAAUACUCCAACCAGGCCAUGGAGGAAUUCCAGCGGAUGGUGUCCCCGGAGAACCUCGCCAAUGUGGAUGUGUCCUUCGGCUGGUCCUUAGCCACAGCUUGGCUCUCCUACAGCCUGGAGGUGGCCACUGGCCUGCUGCUCAUGCUAGCUGCCAGAAUAACUCAGAUGAAGGGUCAUUAUGACUCUGGUGUGGCCAUCGCCAUGUUAUAGGUUUAAUGUUUUCCAUGACAAAGUGAAUCUAAAAGCCCACAGGUUGGAUGGUAUAUUAUCGCUGUUGUUAUUUAUUUAUUUUAUUUUCAAAGAAAAAUAGCUUUGAGGAGUAUUAUAAUACCAUCAAGUGUGUCAAGGGCCAAAACAGCAAAAUAUAGGUGCAAGCUGGCUUUACAUAAGUGCAACCAUAGACACAGAUUCUGAAUAAGUGAUGCUGUUGAACAUCUGCUUCUUCAUUGUUUUCAGUGGCUUGUUGUGAUGCCUGCUGCUUUUCAUCCUUUCAGUAUGAUUGUCUGCCCAUUGUCCCAUUCCACAAUGACGUUUGCAUUGUGGCCACACAAACAGAAAAAGAGGCUGCCCAUUGAGAGUGUAAUUACUACAUAAAUUAGCAGUAUUUUUUUCAGUCAUUUCAGCCUUGUGCUACGGAAGUGUAUUGCAUUCACUUGAAAAUGUAUUUUUUGGUUUGUGUUUUUGAGUUAUUAUUUGUGUUUUUCUGAGCAAUUAAUUUUUUUUUCUGUUUUUCAGAGUAAUUUUUUUAAUGGUUGAUUUUUUCAGAGUUAUUUUUUUCUGAUUUUCUAAAAAAAAAAAUUUUCAGUUUUUCGGACAAAUUUUUUUUCUGAGUUUAGAGAGGAUUUGAAACAAUAGACGCAUUCAUUCCUUUAUUGAGAGCUCGAUUUAACGGAAACAAACAUGACCGCCUUGUUUAGUUCAGUCAAGUUUUACUUUGAUCUGGGUUUAAGACACUGGGAGAUAGUCCUGUCUUUAAGUCAUAUAGAUGGUAUUAUCAUUAGUUUGUCGACUCUAUGCAGGCACCUGAGGACUUUGCGGUUGUUCAGAAGAAAAGGCCAUGGGGGAAAAAAUUACCACGAAAAACAGAAAAAAUUACUCCGUAAAACAGGAAAAAGAAAUUAGUCAAAAAAACGAACCAAAAAAUAAAUUACUCAGGAAAAGAGUUUUUGUAUGUAUACAAUUCUGUAAGAAUGUGUGCAUCACAUUUUAUUCAGCAGUAGCUUUGUUGUGAGAUGUGUCUUUAAACGUCUGUAAUUUACAGAAAACCGCAUGAUGUGCAGCCCAAAUGCAAAGUCACUGCAUUUCGGCUGUUUUGAAUGCAAAACAACAAGUUAAGUUGAAUGAGAUCAUUUUCUUUUUGACAUGCACUAUAUGAUAUUUCCCACUUGAGGAGGACUUCUACACCUCCUCUGCAUCCAUAUGUUACAGUGCAUUUAAUGUGGUUCAUAUCACUGGUUCAGGGUAAUUCAUUCAAGUUCUGCAGCAGAAAACCACCAGGCAAUGGAGCCACCGAGUCUCUAGCAUGCAGUCACAACUGCUGUAUUGUUGAUCCAUGUGCAUUUUGCAUCCCACAGCUUUUGAAAAGCAAUUAGCAUUUGGUCGGUCAUGCAGAAGUUAAAACAAUUAUAGCUGCUGAGUAUUGUGACUUUUAGAGAAACAUCUAGUUUGUGCCUCCUGCUUACAAACUUUAUUCCUUUACCCAUUCUACUGGUGGAUGCAUUAAUCAUGGAAACAGGGCUGGAGAUAAGUGCACGCUGGGGGUCCUGCAAGCUGUUUUCAGCUAUACAGAAUAUGUGCAUGUGUUGCUGCCUGCUUUGCAGUAGUUAAUGGCUAGAUAUUGUAAUAUUCUGUCUGUCUAAAAAGAUCACUGUGAAAACACAACAUUUAGCACUUUGCAAUGCUGUAAAAUGUAUUGUGUUGUUCCUUUGUCACUACAAACAUGGUUAAUGUUUUUAUAACUAAACGACUUAGAUUUUUAAUUAACUGUGACAAAAAUGCAACAUUAAUCCAGCUGUAGUGUGAAUACUGUAAGUAGGUACCAUAAAAAUGGCCACAUUGAUCAAAGGCUUUCAAAUGUAGCUAAGUGACACAUACGUAUAUACACAUAUCAUGAAAUCACAUAUGAUUUUUGUGGCUUAUGAGACAAUAAUAUCUAAAACAUCAUUCUUAUGUACUCAUUCAUGCAUUGUAUGUUUUGUUUUACCUAUUCUAUAUGUAAUACAAUUCUGAGACGUCUUGGAGUUUGUAGAAUACCUAGCACCGUGCCUUGGGUAAAAUUGGGACUGGCUGUCUGAAUGUAAAUGAAGCACAGCAGGAGUCCGGCCAGACAGAAAAGCAAUUGUGUCUCAGAGGAAUUCAGAAAUGUCUGACCAACAUGUUGUAACUCUGCUGUCUGUAAAAGUCACAUUGAUUCAAAAAUAUAUUUGCACAUUUAUCCCUUUGGGGAUGUUGUGACAACAGUGACAUUUAACACAAAAGUGUGUUCAUAAUAUCCAGUACAUUACUACCUUUUAUGUUAUGUGCUGUAAAGCUUGGAAUGUGUAUAUAAAAGAGGACAAUAACAAGGCAAUGUGGACAAUGCUGGUACCAAAGCAUCUAAAAAAAGCAAAUGUUUAGUUGUAGUUGUUAGAAAAAUAAAUUGCAUUUAAAAGGCAAAUGUGGUUAAAAUAGUGAGAAAUAUGGAAAGUGUAAAAAACCAGAACUGUUUGAAAAGAAAACUCCACAGGGUACUCAUUAAACAGCGGCCAUCCAAUACCCUGACCAUCCCUGACAUCCAGGCUUUUCCACUGGAAGUUAUUAAUAUGAGACUGCAUGCAUGUCAAUUUUGAAAAGUAUAACCCAGGACAAUAUACCCUAUACAAUAUGUUUUUUCUCAUGACUGAUUGUAAGACUCAAAAUACAAUUCAGAAUAUAUACAGGGUUGAAGAUGUUUGAAGCUAAGUAUAAAAGUACGAGGAGGACUUGUUUACCCACUGAGCAAUUUUAAUCAUAGUGGUAGAGGACAUUUGACAACCUUGAACUAUUAACUACCGAAAAAUGAUGAAACGGUCUUGCAUUGUACCUCAAGAUAGUAAAUACGGCAGUGCAUGAAACUCAAUUCAGUAGAUGUCUUUUUGGUAUAAAAUAUGUCACAUGUGAGAGAGAGCAGAUCAACCAGAACUGUACAGAAAAACAAUACAACAACAAAAGUUGCAGUGGUGGCCAAAUGAAUUGACUGGACACAUUGAUUUUGUUUGUUUUUUCUUUGUCAAAAGCUCAUUAGAAAAUGCCUUAUUUCUGCAUGAAAAGGUUUAGGAGUUGCAAAGAUGCACUUUCGACUAAUAGUGUUGUAAGUGGAAUUUUCCACCCUAAGAUGUGGACCAGUGCUAAACACACUUCUAAAUUACACUGCUCAGCGUUGUAAUGGGCAGAGGCUGAGAAAGACACUUUAGAAUUAAAAGGUGUGCUUAUGUUUGCCUAAAUGUGAUUUGCUGCAUGAUUUAAUGUGCCUCCACCAGUGAAUCAAAAUACAAACCAUGAAACAUUGUGUCCACUCAGCUGUUUGUUUGGCAGCUUCCUGCCCAGUAAUCCUGUCUCAGAUGGUACAGAGAGCAGAGAGCUAUAAAGGAAGGACCAAAGCACAGCGACAGUCUCGCAGGCCUUCUUUUAUAUAUUAGGCGAGCUGAAAUCCCAUUAAACUUUUAUAGAACAUAAUUCAAUCCGCUCUGGCAGAAGCACACCAAAGUUGGUGCUAAGCCAUUACUCUUUGGUCCGUGCCCUUGUCUUUGACAGAGUGCAGUAAUUUUGACUUUUAGACAACCUAGGCUCUCAGUUUUAACAAUUUAUUGAAGAAACACAACUGAUUUUUUAUCAGAACUACUUUCCUCACUCUUCUUCUUCUCCUUGGGGUGCACACUCAGUCUAAUCAGUUUAGUUGCCUUUGUGAAAUUUGCUUUUUGAGGGGCGCCCUAGUAGUUCACAUGUGUGUCCUCCUGUCACUCUUCAGCUGUCACUAUCAAUUAAAGGCAAAAAAAGCCCAAACAUAUAUAUUAAAAAAAAGAACCAAACUGAUACCAUGCUUAAUUAGGCUUUUAGCUUCUCUGUGUGACACAUUUCUAACUAUUAGGUAGCUGUGUUUGUGCUUGUGCUUGUGCUUGUGCUUAUACUACAGCUAUUUCUCACUAUUUGUUGCUCUCAGGGUGGUCAACAUAAUAUAUUACAUAUCCUUACUCACAGUGUGGUGGCUCAUAGAGUUAACUGGACCAUAUCGUGUUCAUGUGUCUAUAAUAUGGCCAUGCAACAUUCACAGUACACAGUACAACUAAUAUGUUACAGAAAAAUAACAUUGCCUCAGGGAAAGACCAGAGCAUGUUAUCUUGUAAAGCGAUUAUCUCAAUGAUGAAAAUGCUGGUGUAAGCGGUGGAAUAUAAAUAAAACACCUUCCUGUAUUGAUUUGCUGUAAUCAUUUAGGGUGUUGUGCCUCUAGUCAUCAGGUCAUAGCUUUCUUUCAGUAGGUCUGACGUCAUAAUGAAUAAGCCACUCACUGAAAUGUUACAGAAAAAAUUCCUACUGAAUUACGCAUUGCUGAGCGGCCUUGCGGUGAGCCAUGUUGCCAUAUUGAUGGUCUGUCCUCAAAUAAAAGCACAUUUAAACACCA